GUAAUCAGCAAACAACCUACUCAUAAGAAUGAAACACUUGUCAAUAUUGUGCAUCAUCAUGGCUUGUGUUCUGGCGCCACAACUUGUCGACAUGAAGCCUGUUAAGAAAGUUGAGGAACCGUCAGCAUAUUAUGACGAGGAAGUGACUGUGAAAUUCUCGAAUGCAAGUAAAACGUCUGGGAAGACUGCUGCAAAGACGGACGCCAAGGAAGAGAAGGAUGUGUUGAAGGGGCCAGAAGGGAAGGAUGUGAAGAAGACGGAGGAGGAGAAAAGCGAGAAGAAGGUAACAGAUGGAAAGGGCGGAGAGGAGGUUAAGAAAGAUGAGGGUGAGAAGAAGGCGAAAGAAGAGCAGGGUGUAAAGAAGGAGAAAGAAGAGAAGAGCGAGGAGAAGGUAACAGAAGAAAAGGGUGAGAAGAAGGUUAAAAAGGAGGAGGGUAAGAAGAAGGUUGCAACAGAAAAGGACGUAAAGAAGCAGAAGGAAGAGAAGAACGAGAAGAAGGUUGCGGAAAAGAAGGCUGAAAAAGCCAAGGUAACGAAGGAUGUUAAGAAGGGCAAAGCAGAGAAGGGCGAGAAGAAGGCGAAAGUAGUAAAGACAAAGAAGGACGACAAGAAAGUGAAAAAAGAGAAAAAGGAAAAGGAAGAGAAGGAGGAGGAGGAGGAGAAAGAGAAGAAGGAUGAGGAUAGGAUGAAGGGAAAGAAGGACAAAAGAAAGCCGAAGAAACAGAAGGGAAAGAGUGAAAAGGAUGAGGAUGGUAAGGAAGAGAAAGAAGAAGAUGAAGAUGAGAAGGACGAUGAUGAUAAAGAUGAUUAGGAAAACGGAGUCGAUGUGAUAUGUUAAGAGUCAUUUGCUUGUGAUUUGGAGAGUUGUGCCUUGAAGUGAAAUGUAUCAUCGUAUUGUUACCCGUUAAAUA